AUGGACGUCAUCCUGUCUGAGAAGAUGGACCAGGCGCUGCUCAAGGUGGCCGUCACACUGCUGGCGCGCUGCGAGCGGCGGCUGGCGGGCUGCGAGGACCUGGAGGACGUCCUCACAUUCCUCAAGCAGGAGAUGACGGCCUGGGACGAGCAGUCCCUGCACGACGUCCUGGGGGACGCGUUCGGCCAGCCCUGGACGCCGCGCCAGCAGGCGCUCCUCAGCAGCCUGGAGGGCGCAGAAACAGUGGCGGAGGCGCAGGAGCGCACCAGCAGGGCAAACCUGGCGGCGGCCGCCGCGGCGGUCGCCUCGGCGGCGGCGGGCGGGCCCGGGUGCGGCCUCGACGAGGCGUAUGGGGACGGCGCUGCGGCCGCGGCCGCCGCGGCGGCCGCGAUUGGCGCGCUGUCUGCGCCCGCGCCGACGCCGACCUCGGGGUCGGCGGCGGCGACGCCGCGCGGCAGCCAGGGCGGCGCGCUGCCGUUGCUGCCGCCGCCGAGCAGCCCCAGUGUCAGGUUCAGCAAGUCGGCCGGCAGCCUGCGCCAGCGCAUCGCGAGCGCGCAGGCGCUCAGCAGCGGCGGCGGCGCGUCGGGCCCGCCGUCGCCGCUCCCGGCUGCGCCGCCCGCGCCUGUCGUGCCCGUAAAUGGUGUGGGGCUCGAGGCCGCGGCGGCGGGGGCGGCGGCGGCGGCGGGGGCGGCGGCGGCGGCAGCACAUCUCCAUGACCUGCUUGGAGACUGGGUGCCAUUUCAAGAGGCGCGGCAGGCCGCGCCCACACUAGCGGCCGGCACACAGCAACCGCCAACGAUCGCGCAGCAGCCGUUGUCGCAGCCGCCGCCGCAGCAGCAGCAGCAGCAGCAGCAGCAGCAGCAGCGGGAGCAGCAGGAGCUAGAUUGCCUAGUGGCACCGGUACCCUCUCAUAUUGAGUCCACACCUGCAGGCGGGGGCACACCAGGCCCCUCAUUUGGGCAGCAGCAGCAGCAGCAGCAGCAUGAGCAGCAUGAUGCCUGGUUUGACUUUGUCGCGUCGCCGCAGGUGCCCUCCACGCCGGCUGGUGGGCCAGCGAGCGCAGGUGUAGCAGGCAGCCUUGCCGACGAUCCCUGGCAGCUGCUGGCCUCCACCCCCACAGCUUCCAGCGGCGGCGGCGCAGGUGGCAGUGGCGGUGGUGCCAACGGCGUGGGUCCCUCGCGCGCCACACACGACUGGCAGCAAUUAGCAGCGGCGGGGGCAGCGGGACGCAGCAGCGCGGUCGCAUCACCAACGCCACAUCAGAAUGCAGCAGCAGCGUUUGACCCCUUUGUUGGCAGCCCGCUGCUCGCAGCAGCGCCCAGCUUGACGAGCCUGCAGCUGGGAACCUCGUGCAGCUUGGGCGGUGGCGCCGCCGCGCGGGGCGCUGGUGGGUUGGAACAUGACCCAUUUGGCAGCUGGCAGCACUAG